GCAUCGGCGAAGGUCUCGUGACAAACAGCCAAGCAUUUUUUAAUAAUACUAAAGUAUAAAACGUCAAAUAAAAUACAUACUAAAUGUUAAUGUAAAAAAAAUUUCCUUAAUUAACCACAUAAUACUUUAAAAGUCCGCCGGUGUCUCUGGCGAUGGCCUUAUCCCCGGCCAGAUAUCCUCUUCUGUCUCCACACUACGCCCCCCUGCCGCCACCGGAUUCGACUCACGAACCAGAAAACCAUCAAACGGACAGUGACGACGACAGUAUUGACGUCACCAAUGAAGAAGAUUCUUCAUCGUAUUCUCCACCAGCGAACAGCUAUCCACAGAACUGUAUAUCUUAUGGGCCUCUGGGUAUAGAGAGUGCUGCGGAAACAGCCGCCAGACUUCUGUUCAUGGCGGUCAAGUGGGCGAGGAACCUGCCGUCAUUCGCUGGACUGGCCUUCAGAGAUCAGGUGACUCUAUUAGAGGAGGGUUGGUCAGAGCUGUUCCUAUUGAACGCUGUCCAGUGGUGCGCUCCACUAGACGCCGCAGCCAGCGCCCUCUUUGGAACAGAACACGACACUGGUGCUGGCGAGUGUCGGCGUCGUCUCCGCGCGGUGGUCUCUCGCUACCGUUCAGUCUUAGUUGAUCCCGCGGAGUUCGCGUGUAUGAAGGCCAUCGUGCUCUUCAAACCUGAAACCCGAGGUCUAAAAGACCCCCUCCAGAUCGAAAACCUUCAAGAUCAAGCUCAAGUGAUGCUAAUGACUCACACAAGGACAGCUCACGGCACGGCCCCCGCUCGGUUUGGGAGGCUCCUACUUCUUCUACCACUCCUCCGCCUCGUCACGCCACAGCAAUUGGAGAAGGAGUUCUUCGCGAAAACCAUUGGAGAAACACCCAUGGAAAAAGUACUCGCUGAUAUGUAUAAGAAUUAAGAACUAGUUGAGAAUACAUUUUCAAAACAUGUUUGAAAUAUAUAAAUGACAGAUGACACUUGUCACUUGUCAGUUGUCAGUUGACAGAUGACAGUUGACAGAAGAGAUCAGAAAAUAUUUGAACUUAAGUUUAGUUGACAUUAUGGAGGGUAGAAUUAAGGAGAACCAUCUCAGUGUAUUAAAAAGUGUCCGCUGAAAGGGAGCAAAUUAAGAUAGCGCCAUAGUACCAAAGGGAAAGAUUUUAAUUUUAUUUUUAUAGGUUAUAUUUACUAAAUAAUAUUGGACUACGUAAGUAGUUAAGAUUUUAAAUAUUGCUUAUUUCUUAAAACUACACAAGUCACGACAAGUAUUAAAUUUUCAACCGAACACACUUCACUCUGUUUAUAACUGCUAUUUUCAUAUCAUUUCCUUUUGCUACACUAGCGCUAGUUCUGUGAGUUUUCGAGUAAUAAUUAGCUGUUUACAAGUGGACACUUUUUUCAACUUGUCCCCAUACAAGGUGCUUCUCCUUACUUCUACCCUCCAUAGUUGACAUGCAAACGAGAAAAAUGAAUUAUUUAAGCAAUUGAAUAAUUCAAACAAUACAAAAGUGGAGAGGCCACUUAAAACAAUUAAUGUGAAAUAAAUUUUAACCACGAAAAUACAAGUCUUAAUAUUUUAAUGUCAACACUUUCAUCCGUUUAAGUUUCUAACAAUUCGAUAAUUGUAUAUAAAUAUUGUAUGAUUAUAUAGCUAGUUAACUUAGUGUAUAGUAAAUUAUGAUAAUUAUUAAACAUAAUGUAUAAUAUAAUGUAUACAUAAUUAUAAGUAAAAUAAUAUAUGUAUAAAUCCAUUUAUCAGGAUAAACUGGUUUGAUUGUAUUGUUAGAGAAUUUAAAGGAUAUAUUAUACAUAAUAGAAUGUAUCCUAUAAAAUAAAAAAUACCUUUUCGUAUAGGCUUGAAAUGUAAAUAAAUUCACGCUUUUAAUUUUAAAUUUAAAUCAUUCGAAUGGGUUACCUCACGUAAAAAAAAUAUAUGAUAUAAGUUUUUAUUAUUAAGCUUGCGCUAAAACUGCCAAAUGUAACCAUUUUAGCAGAACAUAAUUAAAUAAAUGUUAAAAUAGAUACGUGAACAU